AGUCACACGUCACACCAUUGAAAGCACACUAAUAACAAGGGCAGCGUAUCGAGCGCGCGACAUUGCCCUGCCUUAUUCGAGGUGGGCGGGGAGGCGCUGGAAGGGCUCCGGAAACCGUCGACGACCCAGCCCCACCGCCCGCCGCCCCAGCACGCAAACCAGAGCGCGGAGGUGCUUCGGUGGAUGUAUCUCUCCUGACACUCCAAGGCGGCGAUCGCCAUGGCGACUUGAGGCGAGGUUAUAAAGCGGCUCCGGGGAGCCGGCACCUCGAGUCGCCGUCGGGCCAUGAGCCGCGCGGGGUACGAGCAGCAAGCCAUGCUGCGGCCGCGGGACCUGGGCCCGGGGGCGUCGACGCGCACUUUCCUGGAGGCCAUGAGCGCGGGCCGCCUGCACCUGGCGCGCUUCGUGCUGGACGCCGUGGACGGCACCAUCGUGGACUGCCGAGCCGACCGCGGGCGCACGCCGCUCAUGCACGCCGUGGCGCUCAAGGACCCCGCGUGGCGAGUGGCCUUCGCCCGGCUGCUGCUGGAGCGCCGCGCCGCCGUCGACCUGCGCGACGACGCCGGGCGGAGCGCGCUGAGCCUGGCCUGCGAGCGGGGCUACCUGGACGUCACCAAGCUGCUGGUCCAGUACGGCGCCGACCCGGACGCGGCCGACUCGCGAGGCUGGAACCCGCUCAUGUACGCCGCCUGGCAGGGCCGCGCGCCCGUCGUCGAGUGGCUGCUGCGCUCCUUCCGCCGCCUCGGCCUCUGCCUCGAGCGCGCCGACCGCGCUGGCCGCACCGCGCUGCAGCUGGCCGCCAGCGAGGGCCACGGGCGCUGCGUGCGGGCGCUGCGGGCCUCCGGAGCCUUGAUCCUUGAGCUGCCCGAGCCGGCGGCGGCGUCCCCCGGCGACGGCCCGACGGCCCCUCGGUCGCCUCGCGGGGACGGCGGCGCCCACAGGCGGGAGCAGGAGGACGACGACGACGAGGAGCAGCAGCAGCGGGGCCCAGACGCCGCCGCAGCGCAGCAUGGCUCCGAGGCGGGGAGAGGGGGCGCCUCGCUGCGAGGCCGCCCGCUGAUCCGCAGGGCCACGGCGCCCGACUGCCAGAGCCUGCUCGGCUACUAGGCGGCGAGGGCGGGAAGCGCGCGCUGCCCUCGGCUCCGGCUGCGCGUCCCCUCGGCGCGGCCAGCUCCCACUUCGCCUCGCAGGCGUUGCUUCUGCCCGCGGAUCCAGCCUUCGUCGUCGGGUUCCGACUUGUCGGCCGCUUUAUUAGCGACCAUUUGGACCAUUGCAUCGUUGCCCGAGGGCGGAUUCGGAGCGCCUCCGCACAUCCCGAGGCUCUCCCGAUUUCGUUGAACAGCACCCGGGAAGCGCAGGUGUUAGCAUUUAUUUAGUUGAAACAAGUAGCAAUGUGCACUGUAAUAAGGUGCGAUGAAUGGUUAUUUACUGCUUUCUCUUGUCAAGAAUGUUCUAGAAUGAUUGGGCAUAAGGGUCUCGUCGAUUUCAGCAAGAGGGUUGAAGUGUACUUCCUUUAAAAUCAACCUAAAAGCACAAAAUGUCAUUGUCACCUACACAUUCAUCAGUUUCCGUUGCCCGACUGGAGUGUUGUUGCCAGAGCUAUCUUUGCCCAUCUCAAGAAUUUAUGUACUGUACCGUUUUGGGGCAAAUCUUGCAAAAUGUGCGGGUGGAAAAUCUCAGGAGCCUAAUCCAUGGAUGGCAAAGUACCAUUUUGUCAAACCCUAAUAUCUUCCAGCUAUGAAAAAAAAUAUUGGUAACCUAUCGCUGUAUAGUAUACAGAGAACAGUCAAGUAAAACUAAUGGUGAACCUGGCUAAAAGUGCUGAAAGGUCAGUUCAGGGCAUGACAGCAAAAUAAAAAUUUUGCAUUUUC